UUCUGUCUCACUCCCAUCUCAUUCCCAUCUUCAUCUCGCUUUGUCCACAGCUACAUCCUCCACCACCACCGGCCCAUACCGCCUCGUCGCCCCCCGCCUUUCCGUCGUUGCUCGCGGCAAGUUCCACAUGCAGUAGUUGUACUACUACUACUAGCAGCUACUACGUGUUUUUGUUUUGUUUUGUUUUGUUUUGGCUUUCAAAUCAGGAGCAACGACAGACAGAUCCGCGGCUUUCUCGAAUUGGGCUUAGCUGCAUCCAUCCAUCCUGCAGGUCCAUCAAAUCAAAUCCGAAGGGAAGCUAGAGCAGCCACCCACCCAGACAUCAAAUCAAAUCACCUCAUCACAUCAAAUCAAAGGGGACCAAAAGGAUAUCUCUACCUCCCCUCGCCGGCCCGCUCGUAUAAAAUCCCCCUUUCUACACACCCGCAAUUCCUUGCUUCCUCAAUCUCGACUCAUCUCUCCAUUGUAGUGGUAAUUUCUUGCGAUCCGUUCGAGCUCGAUCAAAGCGAGAAGCCACCCACACACAUACUUAGCCGUAGCAGUGGUAUUACUUGCCGCCGAUCAAUCAGCAGACUCAGGGCAUAGCGGUUGCUACUACAUACAUUCAUAAUGUCGUCGUCCUCCUCCUCGUCGGCUGUCUUCAACCUGGACCACCUCGCGCCGUCCCCCACCGAGCAGCUCUGCUACGUCCACUGCAACUGCUGCGACACCAUCCUUGCGGUCGGUGUGCCGUGCAGCAGCCUGUUCAAGACGGUGACGGUGAGGUGCGGCCACUGCGCCAACCUGCUCUCCGUCAACCUCCGCGCCCUCCUGCUCCCGCCCACGGCGCCUCCGGCAAACCAGCUCCAGUUCGGCCACUCCUUGCUUUCCCCUACUUCCCCCCAUGGCCUCUUGGACGAGGUUGCGUUCCAGACGCCGAGCCUACUGAUGGACCAGGCGAGCACCAACCUGAGCGGCUUCACGGGCCGCAGCAACAGCAGCUGCGCCAGCAACCUGCCGGCGAUGCCGAUGCCUGCCGCCAAGCCUGCGCAGCAGGAAACCGAGCAGUCGGCAAAGAGCGCCCCAUCGGCGAACAGGCGUAAGGACCAGCUCUUCUUGUCAGCUCCGGAGAAGCGUCAGAGAGUUCCCUCCGCCUACAACCGCUUCAUCAAGGAUGAGAUUCAGCGCAUCAAGGCCGGCAACCCGGACAUCACCCACCGCGAGGCCUUCAGCGCAGCCGCAAAGAAUUGGGCCCAUUUCCCGCACAUCCACUUCGGCCUCAUGCCGGAUCAGGGAUUCAAGAGGACCUUCAAGGCUCAGGAUGGCGCCGAAGACAUGCUUCUCAAGGAUGGUCUCUAUGCUGCGGCGGCCGCGGCGGCUGCCAACAUGAGCGUUACUCCACUUUAAUUACCUAGCUAAUGAGCAAGCCUCUCGAGUUCUCCGGACGUUCGAAGUUAGCUAACUCUCUUCUGCGGCUCCAGUCUAGGGUUCCUUGUUAGAUAGUAUCAUCAAUAUCGCGUGUGUGUUAGAUCUAGUACUUUCAUUUCUGUCCGUUUGGGGCCUGGAACGGAGAAUCGAGUUGAAUACCUAGGUUUCUCAGUUCUCAUGAUCAUCUGUUUGGCUAUCUAUAGGUGUAGUGAGUUUGUCUUCUCUGUUUCCAUUACUUCAUCUUUUCUAUGUUUAUCUUUUCACUUCCAGAACUUCUUACACCUAUUCACCUGUAGAAAACUAGGUGUGUCUUAAGAACAUGUUUUCAGCAUUACUGAUGUAUGUCUUUCCUUCCCUUCCAUGUAUUUUCGGUCAAUGGAAAACAAUUCAUCUUCAUGGAA